AUGAAAAAACUUCUCUUGAGUGGCUUUGCAGUUAUUGGAGCUGCUACUGCUGCUGCUGGCUACAAACCUCUCAGAAAUUAUUAUAAUGGACCCAUGGUUGACCCAAAAAUUAUGGAACAUGCAAAUUUAAAAGAUAAUGUAAUUGUCAUUACUGGUGUUUCAAAGAAUGGCAUUGGCUAUGAAACAUGUAAAUCCUUAUUGGCAAAGAAUGGUACCAUCAUCAUUGGAGUGAGAGAUUUGAAGAAGGGAGAAGCGACGAGAAGGGAAAUUUUGGAACAAGUUGCACUUGAGGAGAAUAAUCAAAAUAAUAGUAAGGGAAAUAUUUAUGUAAUGCAAUUGGAUUUGAAUGAUUUGGAUUCGGUGAAACAUUUCGCUGAUGAAAUUAAGGAGAAAUUUAAGAGAUGUGAUAUUUUGAUUAAUAAUGCAGGAAUUUCCAAUGUUCCUCAUGCAUUGAGUAAGCAAAAUGUUGAGAUUCAUUUUGGAACCAACCAUUUGGGUCACUUUUUACUUACUAAUUUGCUAAUUGACCAGUUGAAAGAUUCCAAAGGAAGAGUAAUAACUGUUGCAUCUAGAGCUCAUGAAAAUUAUUAUGGUAAAACUUUUAAACUGGACGAGGUUUACAAUAAUACAUGCCACUACGUUCCAAGUCACUAUUUAUAUGCUAGAUCCAAAUUUGCAAAUGUUCUCUUCUCAAAAAAGCUGGACAGAAUUUUGGCUGAGCAAUCUAAGGAUGAGCUAGAUAGAUGUACCUCUUAUUCACUCCAUCCAGGAUUAGUGACCUCAUCAAUUGGUCGUUAUAGUAGUCUGAUGAGUUUUGUUAUUGGCACUGUGGGUAGAAUUUUCGGAAAGGACUUGGUUCAUGGUUCUCAGACCACUCUCCAUGUUGCCCUAGCUGAUAAAAGUCAACUGAGAGGAGGUGCAUAUUAUGCAGACUGUAAAGAAAAGCAAACAAAUCCUCUUGCUAAUGAAAUAUCUAUACAGGAUGAAUUAUGGCAAACAAGUAAGGUUCUUUGUGCAAAAUAUUUACGAGAAACAGAUUAA